AUGCCUGAAAAACCAUUACCAGUGCCUCUCUCACCACUAUUGGGAAUCCCCACAUCCCCAUCCCCGCGAGAGCACAUUGCCCGUUCACUCUCACCUCUAAUCGCAAUCGCAGCUAGUCCCGACGCAGAUGAGAUUUGCCAAAGUAAUCAUAUCCCAUCUUUCGCCGACUUUAUCAAGCCAUUUGGGGAACAUGUUCAAGGCAGAGUUACCCCUCGCGAUUCCCAAGGUACACCAUAUGCUAUCGACAAUUUCUGUGUACGCUUCAAAGCUAUCGACAAACUCGACGAACCAAACCAUCGCGCACUGAUGGACGUGAUGGAUGACCAUGUGAGAGCAUGUGGAUCAGAUCCUGCUGCCAGUGAUAUUGUUCAUAUCAAGUCCCGCAGCGAUGUUGAUGACAACUAUCUAGACACUUCUUUGGAUCAACUCAUGCCUUGGUACGCCGAUUUUAAACACAUGAUGCUCUCACUUCGUGGAAUCACUGAGCAUGAAACCUUUGACCAUCCUGUCGCUGUCCUUAUUGUCAUCUCCUCAGCCAACCCAGACCCUAUGAGCACCAUAAUGCAGCUUUACAAUCCAAACGUUCCUUCUUUUACUAUCGAUAAACCCUAUGUUGACCCCAAUAUUCUUCGUUUCUAUGUUCUACUCCAUGAUCCACAACAGACCACCCUCGAGCAGUCUCAAAUAGUAUUUGAUAAGAUGAAGAAAACAUUCGGAUUGCAUUGCCACCUGUUAAAGCUCAACUCACGCCCACCACCAUCUGACUUGUUUGAAGAUUCUAUCCAACAUACAGAUGAGAACAAUGCUAUUCGCGACAUAUGGUCUCAACUUCCAACUUCUCUCAACAUCGAGUCUCGCCUACAAGCACGUACCAGUACCCUAGCUGGUCCUGAGAUCCUUUCCCCCAAUAAUUCUUCUUUUUCAACACCUCUCUCACCUUCACCUUCGGGGCAUCGACGCUCUAACUCAGCUUCAUCAAACACUAAUAGUUUCACACCACCUACUCAUGGCACUAAUCUCCAGAAUGGACCUCUUGAUAUGAGUAGUCCACUUGAGGAUGGUACAAGAUUACCUACUCACGAUAUGCACCUCAUCGGUAGCGCAGCCUCGCCUGCCAUGCAAUAUGGUCGCUGUUUAACUGUUGAUGAUGUUCAGAAUACACAGUUUAUGAUUAAAGAACUUGUUGUUCAAAGCCUUGUACCAUUUAUGGAACGUAAUGUUCAGCAUUGGAACGAGCAAGUUGCUUCUGCGCGGCGAGGAAUUACUGGUCGUGUAUUUGGAGCUGGUCGUCGAUUCUUUGGUACAUCUUCUCGUACUUCAUCGCCUCAGUCCAUCCAAAGUAUCCCUGCCACAGGGCCCAACACACCUGUUGGCACAAACACCCUGACGAUAUUUCCUUAUGGGGCACCCGAAGCUCAGAUGCGAAAACUGGCAGACUAUGCCUUUAUGCUGCGAGACUUUAAAUUCGCACAUGCUAUUUACGAUAAUGUCCGUCGUGAUUAUGCUACGGAAAAGGCUUACAAAUACCACGCUGGUACACAGGAAAUGAUCGGUGUUUGCCAGCUCAUGAUGAAUCAACCAUUGAGUAAUAAGCUUGAUGUCGAUCGCAAUUUCGAACUCGCUGUACAACAGUACCUCGGUCGUUGUCGAUCGUCAUUCCACGCAACACGUACAACCAUUAUGUACUAUGAGCUGCUUAAGGCACGUCGUAUGUGGAAGGAAGUUCCUACAGCACUUGUAAGAAUGACAGGUGAAGACUCGGAUUUACGCUCGGCUCUGUUUCUGGAGCAAGCAGCCCAUUGUUUCUUACGCACACCUAGUCCCAUGGCUCGGAAAUAUGGAUUUCACCUUGUUAUGGCUGGCCACCGGUAUGGAAAGGCAUCUCAGCGUCAACAUGCUUUCCGAUGUUAUAAACUUGCCGCCCACAUUGUCGAAGGGCAAGAGUGGUCAGUGGCGAAAAGUCACAUUCAAUUUGCACUUGGUAGACAGGCAUUUCAUCUUGGGCAGUUAGAAGAUGCUGUUAAAUAUUUCACUAAUGUACUAGCUGAUGCUAAACAAAUGCCUCAGCAGCAGGCGGCUCACAUUCGAGAAUUUCUGUUUAUUUACCGCCAAUACACUACACAAGCAGGAAUUGACCCCCUAAAGGAGGCUCUACCCCAUCUCUCUCUUCCUGUGAUUGAUGACAAUUCCACGCAUGUUACACUUUCCAACACUCAAUCUAACACAGGUGAUAACCAAGAAGAAUGGUCUACUAUGGAAAUAGAAUUACUCGAAGAAAGCAUUGCAAAGGGAUAUAUUGCGGGAUCCAAGAAAGCUUUGGCGAUACAACAACAGGAUGAUCAACGCCCUAUUUGUGCAGUGGGAGAACCUUUCCUGGUACACAUCAGCCUCUUCAAUCCUUUACAAGUAGCCAUCACUAUCAGUCAGCUUAUUCUUGGUUGCAAGCAUCGUGAAUCAUUGCAACAUAAUACAGAUACUUCCACAGAAUCAGAUGAGAACGUGCCCAUGAUCUAUGGUGCUCAUAUCGAAGGCACAAACAUGUACGCUUUUGAUGAUUUUGAACUUGAAAAAGUAUCAGAGAUAUUCCUUGAACCUUUAGAGAAGAGGAUGAUAAGUUUGGCUAUUAUCCCCCGUCGCGAGGGAUCUAUUGCUGUCAAGGGACUCCAUUAUACAUUUAAUGAUCUCGUUCACACUUUUAAACCUUUCCACAAAAAAGGAAAGCGUUUGCACAGUACACGAGAGCAAUUGAUGACACCUGUAUAUGCAGUAGACCACACCCUCGAUAUUAUUGUUACUUCUCCUAUGCCACUCCUAGACCUUGCAUUCCACGGGAUACCUGAAACUAUACUGUCAGGCGAACUCGUCCAGGCUGUAUUGGAGAUUAACAACAAGGGUAAUAAAGGGAUGACAGCUCUGAGAUUAAAAUCGAGCCAUCCAAGCUUCAUUUGUAUUGGUAAUCCAGAAGAAAUGGAUAAGCAUGUGUAUGCUGGGGAAUCAGAUUCAAAACAUCAAAAAGAGGAGGAAAUCAAGUUUGACAAUCUUUUGUUUGACUCAAGUGUGAUUUCUGUACCCCUGCCAGCUGAAGGUGGUGGGAAAAGCAAUGAAAGAGGUGUAGUGAGUCCCGGGAAAACAACUUUAGUUCCAUUGUGGAUCAGAGGAGAUCGCAUUGGAAAGCACACUUUCAAGUUUUUGUUUUCAUACCAGUCAGAGGAAGGCAAUGGUGCUAUAGCCCACCGUACAUUACGUUAUACAGUUAACCUUCAAGUCCUUCCUUCUCUCAAGAUCAACGCUUUUACGCGUCCAAGCACAACUGCUGUAAAUGAAUAUAUUCUUGGUAUUGAGAUUGAAAAUCUUCAAGUGGCAGCCAAUUUCCAGUUAAACCAAAUUUCUGCAACUAGCCCAGUGUGGACUAUUACACCGCUGAGUAUCAACAUUGAUUCUCCACAAGACAUUCAGGCCAAAACAUCUAUCCCACCCAGACAGACCACAUUUGCCUAUUACAAAAUCCAAAAGAAAGCAAAACAAACAGAACAAUCCCUGUGUCCCGAGGCAUGGACCUCUACUGCACUUGAAGCCUUGCUUAAUAACAUAGAGUAUCAUGAACCACCCCCACCCGUUGACCUGCACGUCAGCAAACUUUCUUUUAGAGAUACCGUGAUUCCUUUUAAUACAGUUCCCUUAAAGAUGUUUGCCCUAAACUCUCGUGUGCAUUGGCGUAACUCAAAUCUCCAAAGUCAGUUCCCGAACAUCUCACCAGAAAAAUACGAUACGAUGUUUACACUGUACAAUUCGAGCGAUGUUGAUCUUACAAUAUAUUGGAAUAUCCCAAACAUGAAACGACAUGGUCAUCAUUAUAUUAUCGGCGUUAAUCUUGGCAUUGUACAAAACCCAUUCCAGGGACAAGUCACAUCCUCUAAAGGUAACUCGGGCCGAACCAUGUUUGAACAGACUGCCAAGGAGCGAGCGACCCUCUUGUCUAGUCUGACUAAGAAUAAGGUGCUCAAGGACGAGAGUCCGGUCAAACUCAUGGUUAAGACCAAUGAUACUAUAAAUCACGACUUUGAAGAUGAAGGGCUUCUUGGAGUUCCUGUAGAUAUCGUGCUUAAAAAUUGUUCGUGGAACAAGACUGCAACAUAUACGCUUGAACUCAUGUCUUGGACAGAGAACAAAGUGGCUCAAUCUCAGAAAAGUGCCAAACCAACUCUGAACAUUCAUCCAUUCCAUUGGACAGGUGCUACGGUUUUUACGGGUACUUUGCACCCGGAUGAGACUAACACAUUAGAGGCACAAGCUAUUUUCCAGCUUCCUGGCGUCUAUGAUGUCAACCGUUGGAAGUUAACUAUUGAAACUUCACAAUACAGGGACGAACACCCUGACAGCACUGGCUAUUUUGUCCAAUGGCCAAGUUUGCCUCAAAUUGUUACCAUUAUAAACUAGAUAUGUAUUUAUUUUGGCACAACUCUAAAUCUCACCUCUCUUUUUGCUUGGAAGAAAUAAAUAAACCACCAAUAAAAGAACAUUUCGAUUAAGUU